CCACUACCUAAACCCACAAAAAACUAAACCAGAAAAAACUGCGUAACCGCAAGCGCCGAGGCGGAGGAGCGCAGCGCAGCCCAGCCGAGGCGACGCGACGCCAGCGGCGACCAACUCCUCUUCUCCCGCCGGAAACCCUAGCGGCGGCGGCGGCGGGGCCAAUGGCGGAGGAGGGCGACAAGCCCACGGCGGCGGCGGAGGGGGGAGGAGAAGUUGCUGUUACUGCGGGUGGUGGUUGUGGUGGUGCGGGAGGAGGAGCGGGAGCGGCGGAGGAGGAGAGCGUGAAGCUGUUCGUGGGGCAGGUGCCCAAGCACAUGACGGAGGCGGAGCUGCUCGCCAUGUUCCAGGAGGUGGCCAUCGUCGACGAGGUCACCGUCAUCAAGGACAAGGCCACGAAGGCCUCCCGAGGGUGCUGCUUCCUCAUAUGCCCCUCAAGGGAGGAGGCUGACAAGGCCGUAAAUGCUUACCACAAUAAGCACACACUUCCUGGGGCCUCAAGUCCUUUACAAGUAAAAUAUGCUGAUGGAGAGUUGGAGAGGCUAGAACACAAGCUUUUUAUUGGGAUGCUUCCGAAAAAUGUAACAGACACUGAAUUGACUGAUUUAUUUUCCAAAUAUGGAAACAUCAAGGAUUUACAAAUUUUGAGGGGUUCACAACAAACAAGUAAAGCUGGCUGUGCAUUCCUUAAAUAUGAAACAAAGGAGCAAGCAGUAGCAGCUAUUGAGGCUCUCAAUGGGAAGCACAAAAUAGAGGGUUCUAGUGUGCCUUUGGUUGUCAAAUGGGCUGACACAGAAAAGGAAAGACAGGCCCGGAAAGCACAGAAGGCUCAAUUGCAAUCAUCUACUAUGCAUAGUGCAAGUCCUAUGCAACAAUCUUCAUUAUUUGGGGCUUUGCAGAUGGGAUACAUGCCUCCAUAUAAUGGAUAUAGUUAUCAGCCACCGGGGACAUAUGGACUCAUGCAAUACCCUUUAUCCCCUAUGCAGAAUCAAGCCACAUUCACAAACAUGGUUCAACCUGUUAAUCAAGGAAACUCUAUACGAGGAGUCAGUCCUGAACUGUCUCCUAAUUCUGUUCCUAGAUCAUUCAACGCAAUGCAGUUAAGCAGCCCUUAUCCACCUGUUCCUGGUGUGCAGUAUGCUGGAUCCUACCCUGGUGGUCUCAUGAGUAGUCGUCCUUUUGGGAAUUCUUUCAGUUCGAUUAAAGUUCCAAGUGUAAAUGCAAAUUCUCCUGCAUCUCCUAGUCCCAGUAGCAAUGCUGGCGGUCAAAUAGAAGGUCCUCCUGGAGCCAAUCUAUUUAUCUAUCAUAUCCCUCAAGAUUAUGGGGAUCAAGACCUUUCAAGUGCAUUCCAGAGGUUCGGUAGAGUACUAAGUGCCAAGGUGUAUGUAGACAAAGCAACGGGUUCCAGCAAAUGCUUUGGUUUUGUAAGCUACGAUUCUCCUGCUUCCGCACAGGCAGCCAUUGGUGUGAUGAAUGGUUUCCAAUUAGGCAGUAAAAAACUCAAAGUACAACUCAAGAGAGACAACUCCAAGCACAGUAAACCCUUUUGACGAAAACUACGAUGACCACGCGAUCAGGUUCCUGGUACAUAUUUGUCAGAUAAUUGAUCGUUGAAUUGUUUGCUCUGGCCGCAGCAUUGGAGGCUUCGUGUAUCUUCUUUGUUCAAUUCACAUUCUUGAACAUUGUUACGUCGUGUAAUUUACUGCAGCGUAGUGGUAGAAUUUGUUCCUGUCAGACCCUUGUACAUCAGCAAGUCAGAUUCAUUCAAUUGUGACAUUUUCUCCUGACAACGAUUCCGGUUUCUCCUUGACUCGAUUCCGGACUCACUCAGAAGUCAGAACUGUUAUCUGAACCAUUAUUGACUUAUUAUCAUGUCUAAAUUGCCGAUGGAAAUCUGAUGCUU